CAUUAAAUCGAAUACCCUUCCUGUGCACAAUGUGAUUAUUUUGUUGGAUUAUAUAAAGUAUUUCUGUUUAAUCUGUAUUGUUUUUGUUCCUGGAUAAUCGAUGAAAUGCCGGUACACGUGUUUUGGCAAUUAAGCGUUAAUUGGAAUGACAGGUGCUCGAGGAAUGAGGAAUAAAGGAAAUUUAACAACAUUUAUAUGAUGGUGUAGUGCAGUGUGAUCGUACUGAAUCACAACAAAAGAAUACAAGUUAUUAUCAACUUGCAGUGUAAAUAUUAACAAGACAUGCCUGUACGAAGAGGGCAUGUGGCCCCUCCAAACAUAUUUAUUGAUACGAUUAUCCGGAAGUUUGACGGUCAAAAUCGAAAGUUUGUCAUUGCCAAUGCUCAAAUUGAAUCCAAUCCUGUGAUCUUCUGUAAUGAUGGAUUUUGUGACCUCACUGGGUACUCGCGUGCAGAGGUCAUGCAGAAAACGUGCAUGUGUGACUUCCUUCACGGCCCGCUCACCAGCGCGAUGGCCAUGCUCCAGAUCAAAGAGGCACUACAGGGCUCAGAGGAGAAACAGGUGGAAAUUCUCUACUACAAGAAGGAUGGAGAGAAGUUCCUAUGUAGUGUGCUGGUAGCCCCUGUGAAGAAUGAACAUGGGGAGAUAAUUCUGUUCAUCAUCAACUACGAGGACAUAACAGACGCUCCUAACAAGGUCCCCACUCUACCAGAUAUACGCAAUCUCAGAAACAGCUGUGAUAUUCGAAGAUUACAGGAUGAAAGACAUGGUCCAAUCUCUAAACAUCGGCAUCGAAGUUUUAAGCUGAAACUUCCAUCACUCAGGAAAGAGUUACGUGUACGAUCAAAAGGCAUCGAUCCAGCCAGCUCACCCGAUCCAGAAAAUCCCCCAAUUCCCGAAGAAGCGGUUCCCCUCAAUCAAAUCAAUGGCUCAAGAGACACUAUUCUACACUCCAAUGCUUUUCCCGCUUCCACAAAAUUUACCACGGAGACAAGGGUCUCCGCUGACCUUGACCAAUCAGACUAUGUUAAGAGUGAAACACCCAUUCCGCAAGAAAAUAGUCUUCUUAUUCCAUCUGUGGGCCUUCUAAGAAGGGCUUCUUCGCUAGAAGGACUGGAAAGAUCAAAAGAAAAUGAUGGCCAGGAUAAAGAAAGGGAACAAGAUUCAUAUUAUAGGUUAUCUGUAGAUAUCCGACCGCGAUCUCAAACCGUAAACCAUUCAAUGGUGAGUAACCAUGUGAAGCCCAACCAGAUGAAUCAAGCCUCUAGUGACUCGGAGUUAACGAAGUUCCGAACACGAACUCUGCAAGAUAGCCAGGUAGAUUUAUCUGAAGCUGAAAAACUCAAAGCGCUGGACGGAAUUAACCAGAACUCGAAGGGGCUGUUAUUUCCCGGAGUUCAGAAUAUGAAACAUAAUGUAUCGGAAAAAGUAGCGCAGGAGAGAUCGGUGAAAGAAGAAAUAGAAAAGCUGGUCCUUUCACUAGGAGCCGACGUUCUCCCUGAGUACAAGCUCCAGUCUCCCCGCAUCCACAAGUUUACGAUACUGCACUACUCCCCUUUCAAGGCUGUAUGGGACUGGAUCAUUCUACUCCUCGUUAUAUAUACUGCCGUCGUUACUCCAUACAUGGCUGCGUUUCUACUCAACGAACAAAAUCGAGAUGCCGAAUCUCGGUAUUCCGAUCCAUUGACUAUAACAGACCUUGUGGUUGAUAUCAUGUUUAUAAUUGAUAUUCUUAUAAACUUCCGAACAACGUAUGUGAAUAAGAACGAUGAAGUAGUGAGUCACCCUGGGAAGAUAGCGGUCCACUAUUUUAAGGGCUGGUUCCUGAUUGAUGUAGUGGCAGCCAUCCCUUUCGACCUUCUACUGUGGGGCUCAGAGACAGAUGAGACUACAACGUUGAUUGGGCUACUCAAGACCGCGCGUCUACUUCGCCUGGUCAGGGUGUGCCGGAAGCUUGACCGCUAUUCCGAGUAUGGUGCUGCCAUGCUGCUGUUGUUAAUGGCAACGUUUGCACUAAUCGCCCACUGGCUAGCAUGCAUAUGGUAUGCCAUUGGCAACUUCGAGCGUCCGCAUCUUCCAUACCCUAAAAUAGGCUGGCUCGAUGAGUUAGCUCGUCAGACACAUCAGAACUACAACAACUCAUCCGGUGGUCCAUCGAUGAAGUCUAAAUACGUAACGGCACUCUACUUCACGUUCAGCAGUCUCACGAGUGUGGGGUUCGGGAACGUCUCCCCAAAUACAAACUCCGAAAAAAUCUUUAGUAUUCUCAUCAUGUUGAUUGGAUCGUUGAUGUAUGCGAGUAUCUUUGGUAAUGUCAGUGCCAUAAUCCAGCGUCUAUACUCCGGGACUUCUCGGUACCACACACAGAUGUUACGCAUCAAGGAGUUUAUACGAUUCCACCAAAUUCCGAACCCCCUCCGCCAACGACUGGAGGAGUACUUCCAACAUGCAUGGUCCUAUACCAACGGCAUCGACAUGAAUAUGGUGCUGAAGAGCUUCCCAGAAUGUCUCCAGGCUGAUAUAUGUUUCCAUCUCAACAGAACAUUGCUCAGUAACUGUUCAGCAUUUAGAGGUGCCAGUCCUGGGUGCCUGCGAGCAUUAUCCAUGAAGUUCAAGACCACUCACGUCCCGCCUGGGGAUACCCUGGUUCAUCGGGGCGAUAUUCUUACAGCAUUGUACUUUGUGUCAAGGGGAUCAAUCGAAAUACUUAAGGACGACAUUGUUGUUGCAAUCCUAGCGGGGCCAGAAGAUGAUACAAAAGGAACCACAAGGCAAAAAACAACCAAAUCAACCAAAACAACAAAAACUAGUAGAUCUAUACCUCGUAAGGACGAUGUGUUCGGAGAGAACAUCUGUAAGUACAAGACGGUCGGGAAGUCAAGCUGUAAUGUGCGAGCCCUCACAUACUGCGACCUUCACAAAAUACAUCGGGAUGACCUGCUUGAAAUACUCGAGAUGUACCCAGAGUUUGCCGAACACUUUGUGCUGAAUUUGGAAGUCACCUUUGACCUACGGGAUCACACACUAGCAGGCCAGGAAGAAGAAAUCAGUUCAACCUUCUGGAUCGGUCGCACCGCUGAGGACGACCAGUCGCCACAGAAACCAAAGAACCUUCGCAAGCGAAGAGCUAAAACUAAAUCAAACAUCGAACCUGUUUAUGACGAGCAUGAAGGCUAUCAUUUCCGGCCACGGCGUAUACGUAGGAUACGUCAGGUCACCGAGCCCGGACCAACGGUCUCCAUGUUUGAAGACUCAUCUGAUGAGGAGAUUCGACAGAGUGGAGUCGGAAUUCUGGAGUUCUCCCCCUUGAAGGCGGGACUGGAUGUGACGCCAGUGAAUUUAGACUUCGGGCACAGUCACCAUGUGGAUAAUGAUAGAAAGCGUUCCUCUGGAUUGUCUUUUACUGGAGCACUGACAAGUGUCAAUCACCUGGUGAACUUCUCCAAAUGCCGUGCCGACAGGCGGGAGACGGACACAGCACCGUUACUACGGGAAUCCGUAUCACCUGACACUCAAAGGCCGAAGGUGACAUCCAGCUCCAGUAUGCCCAAGUCCACAUCCAGUAUGACGCUGCCCCUGUCUACUCCCUCAAGCCACUCCCCAUUUGACGAUAUGAAUCAGGGGCUAUCCCAUGGCCCCCUCCCCUCCUGCCAGCCCGGGGACCACAACCAAAUGGGUGGUCACCUGGAACAUGGGCACGAGAUUCACAAGAUGGAGGCAUUGCAGCAUGCCAGUGAUGUGGACCACAGGAUUGACAUGUUGGGCAACCAAUUGGCAAGACUGGAGUUAAAGCUGAGUUCAGAUAUCACAAUGAUCCUGUCCCUUCUUCAACAACACAUGCAGCAAACCCAGCAUCCACAUGAAGCCCAAGGGCCUCCCGACCCACCUCAACCCCCUGGAGGAGCCUUACACGCCACCAGACCCCUUGGGGAGCCUCCCAGCCCACCAUGUGAGGGGCCUCCCCCUAACAGCCCCUCAGAUGAACAACCCCAGUCUCUGAUUCAGCCUGCAGUAGAGCUCGACCUUACGCAGACUGACGGUCUCCCUAAUGUAUUGAUCAAGCCACAGAGUGUAAGUGAUGAGUCAUUAUGGGAACGGCAGUCCAGAAACACAACGCUACCUGCCAGAUUGAAAGAUUUAAACAGGCAUUCCUACCCUAGUGACAGCCAAACACAUCCAUCAUUCCUUUCCCUCAGCCAAUCGGAUUCUUUCGCUAAGACACUUCCUUCCAGUUUGGACCAAUCAGAAAGUAGGCAGGCUGUUCUCAGCCAAUCAGUAAGCACUCCAAAUGUUGAAGAUGAUACUCAAAUGACCUCUUUGUCUGAAGAUCAAACUUGUGAUGAUCUGCAGCACAGUUUACAUUGUGAUCAAAUUUCAGACAAUUUAGAUGAGAAAGACUCGGAUAAUGAUCAAGUGUCUGGUGAAUUUGAAAUGCAAGCGGCUGGUGACUAUGAUUACCACGCGGACCAGGAUUUGUUAGAUUUUGGUUCUGGUGAUGAACUUUUAGGAAAUGAACUUGUCGAAUCUCGAACUUCUGUUCCAAAGAUGUCACAUGACCAAUCAGGUUUUGAUAGACAAUCGUCAUGUGAUGAAACUGACCAAUCAAAAAACAUAUCUGUACCAAGUCAUGGAACUCCUAGUCGAAACACAAAAAACACAGCAGUGUAGCAUAGUAGAGUGUUUACAUGCCAAUGUCAUGUACAUAUACGUUGAUAUUUUGUAAUUUUUACACAGCAAGUCAUGAAAUGUAUAAACGGUUUGAAAAUAUAGUUAAAUUCUUUCUGUAAAUAAGAAAGCUCACUAAAUGCAUAGAUAACACAGUAUAAUAUAAAUGUUGGAAGUAAUCUAAUUGCAGACUACUGUCAGAAGUUAACUUAUUACUGACCACUUCUGUCAGAAGUUAUGUAAUUGCAGAAUACUGUCAGAAGUAAAGUUUUUGCAGACUGCUUUUACAAGUCAUCCAAUUGCCAACUUAUGUCAGAAGUUAUCUAAUUGCAGACUACUGUCAGAAGUUAUCUAAUUGCAGAAUGCUGUCAGAAGUUAUCUAAUUGCCAACUACUCUCAGAAGUUAACUAAUUACUGACCAAUUCUGUCAGAAGUUUUGUAAUUGCAGAAUACUGUCAGAAGCAAAGUUUUUGCAGACUGCUUUUACAAGUCAUCCAAUUGCCAACUUAUGUCAGAUGUAAUGCAAUUGCAGACUACUGUCAGAAGUUAUCUAAUUGCAGAAUGCUGUCAGAAGUUAUCUAAUUGCAGACUACUGUCAGAAGUUAUCUAAUUGCAGACAACUGUCAGAAGUUAUCUAAUUGCAGGCUUCUGUCAGAAGUAAUUUAAUUGUGGACUACUGAUAUGAUAUCUUUUAAAACAAUGUAAAUGUUUUAGUGUGUUAACCUAGUAUAUAAGAUCACAGAACAAAAUGUGUUAGUAAGCCAUUGCAACAGAUUGGAAAAAUAUCACAGAACAGAUCUGUUUGUUAGCCAAUAUUUUUUUUGCAGUGCAAGUUUUCUUAGUUAAUAGCCAAGUAUGUAAUUAUAUAAAAUAUAAUAGACCCAGAACAGCUAGCAGACUAAAAUGUGAUUAUAUAUUUCACUUCAUUUCUAACACACUUGAGCUUGAAACGCUAAAGGUGAGCUACUGUGGUCAUCAAAUGUUUGGCAUCCUUUGUCCAGUGUUAAAACAUUAAACAUCUACGAAACCCCAUGAACCAGAGAGAUGAUGUUUGGUAUGUAGCCUCAGGUAGUGGUCCUUUUACCAAGAAUUUUCAAAUUAUGUCCCUUGGGACAAAAGCGGCCUGCCCCAUGGGUCACAAGUUUUCUAUAUACUUAUAUAGUAAAAUCUUUGAAAAUCUUCUCUGAAACUGCAAGGCCUAGAUCCUAGGUAUUUCGUAUGAAGCCUCAUGUAGUGGUCCUUUAGUUGAAAAUCAUACUGGAGAGUACCAGAUUUCAAUAAAAAUAAGUUUGUGAAACAUACCUGCAAUAAUGUGUGAUUUACAAAAUAUGUUCAUGUUUAUUCAGAACUAAGAAUGUGAUAUAGCUUGCAGAUAUUUACAGUAAGCACAGUUUAAAAAAUGAUUGGAUAUGAAAAGGUUCUGGUUGUGACCUCAUUUGAACUAUAUUGCAUAAUAAUCAUAUUAAUAAGAAAGUAUGAUUAACUACAUGGGAGGGGACUUAAAUAUAAAAUACUUAAUAUAUUCAACUUCUGGUUAGAUGAAACAACAUAAUCAUAUCCAACCAUAUAUCAUUAUCAAUCAAUAUAUACCUCAGAUUUUGCAGUAACCCUAACCCUAACCCUAACCCUAACCAUUGGCAUUCAUACUCAAACUCUUUGGUUCCUCAGCAUUGUGAUGUAUUUUUGUGCAUAUACAAGUCUUUUGUUUUAUGAACAUUUUAAUGAUUCUUAUUUCCUUACAGUAUUGCCACAGAUUAUUGGUCUAAAUAUGUAAAUAUUUUGUUAUGCUCUCUUUGUUUAAGCUUUGGUUGAAAUUGGUACAGAUUUAUAAACACUAAAAUUGUGUUCACAUUCACAUGAAAUUGAAUUUGGUGGACAUAGUAGAAUAACAUACUAGGACACAUGUAUGGUAAAAUCUGAGUACCACCAUUUACUAUGCUGUCCAUUUUACUCUGUUAUACGUUAACAAUAUAACAUAACUCCUUUCAUCAACCAUAAAAUUACUUGGCAACCACCUACUUUCUAAGCAAGCAGGAACAUCUUUAAUAACCACUGACUAGUUGGUCAUUAUAAUCAGAUGAGCAAUAUGGGGCCAUUUUUAGCCCAAUUGUUUUACUGAUACUAGUUUGGGAACUGAAACCUUCCAUGAAUGCCAGAUUGGUAAAAAUGUAUAGUACUAAGUCUGUGGAAUAAGGAUGUCUGAUUUAACAUUAGAAAAAUUGGAAAAAUUACAUUAAUUUUCUAGCUUUAUUAAAUACUAUAUUUGUCCCAAUAUAAGUUCAUGAUCAAUUAGAUGCACAAGGGACUUUUCCAAGACAGUUUGUCCUGAACCUUUUAAAUGCCUAUCCAGAUUAAAAACGUAAAACAACAGCUUAAUUUUAUUGCUGUAAAAUGUAUCCAGUGCACACUUAGUUGAAAGCAUACCUGCUGACACCACUACUGUAAACUAGUGAACUACUGUUUGGUUAUGUAUCACCAAUAUUUAAUUUGCUGACAAAUUCUGAUAAGAUUGUUAGUGCUAAUGUGUCAGACGCCAGCAAGACACUACUGUGUAACAAGUUUGCUAUCAACAAGAGUAAG